CACCGUGUGAAGCUUUUAUGCUCACGCCGUCACGAGUCUUGGACGAAAAUUAAAGAAAUAACAUAUACAAAACAGUGCAUCAAGGGUUCCCCCGGUCGGCCGAUGGUUGCUUUGAUUUGCGUGAAUGUCCUUUAGUGUGAAACACGCGUGAGAGAGAGAAAGUGAAAAUUAGUGCGCGAGUGUGUUGGCGCGCGCGAGUGUGUGUGUUUGUGUGUGUGUGUGUGUGUUGGUAGAUAAGUUGUGUUUUAACACGUGCGUUAUUGAUGGUGUGCGUGGUUUUACUAGUUAAUUCACUGGAACCAACAGCAGCAUAGAAGACAUCGUUAGUGUCACAAAAUCGGGAAAAAUCCGUGUACCGAGCAUACUGUUGUAGCGGAUAGUACAAACAACCAUCUUCCUAUCGGCGUAGUUAUCGGCAAUCAGCGACCAUGGGAAACAUACACACCGUUGGACCUAACGAGGCCCUCAUCGUAUCAGGUGGUUGCUGUGGCUCCACGAAAAAGCGUACCAUUGUAGGUGGUUGGGCAUGGGCCUGGUGGCUAGUGACGGACGUUCAGCGGCUCUCGCUCGAGGUGAUGACCCUCAAUCCGAUGUGCGAAAUGGUCGAAACGGCUCAGGGUGUCCCAUUGACCGUGACCGGUGUGGCACAGUGCAAGAUCAUGAAGAUGAUGAACGUCUAUUAUUUUCACCAUCAGGCCGACGAGCUGCUGGGUACGGCGAGCGAACAAUUUUUGGGCAAAUCUGUGAAGGAGAUCAAGAUGACAAUCCUGCAAACGCUCGAAGGUCACUUGCGAGCCAUUCUCGGAACGCUUACAGUCGAGGAGGUGUACAAAGACCGCGACCAAUUCGCGGCACUGGUGCGCGAGGUCGCGGCCCCUGACGUCGGCAGGAUGGGCAUCGAGAUAUUGUCCUUUACGAUCAAGGACGUGUACGACGAUGUCCAGUAUCUGCAGUCGCUCGGCAAGGCACAGACGGCGAGCGUCAAGCGUGACGCGGAUGCGGGUGUUGCCGAGGCUAAUCGUGAUGCCGGCAUUCGGGAAGCGGAAUGCGAAAAGAGCGCAAUGGACGUAAAGUACUCAACCGACACGAAGAUCGAGGACAACGCGCGCAUGUACAAGCUGCAGAAGGCAAACUUUGAUCAGGAAAUCAACACUGCGAAAGCUGAAUCGCAGCUCGCUUACGAACUGCAGGCGGCCAAGAUCCGUCAGCGCAUCCGUAAUGAGGAAAUUCAAAUCGACAUCGUGGAGCGCCGCAAGCAGAUCGAGAUCGAAACUCAGGAAAUCAAUCGAAAGGACUGCGAACUGUCCGCCACCGUAAAGCUGCCAGCCGAGGCGGAGAGCUACCGUGUGCAAACGAUCGCCGAGGGUAAGCGCACGCAAACGGUCGAAACUGCGCGUGCGGAGGCAGAGCGCAUCAAGAAGAUCGGUUCGGCGGAAGCGUACGCCAUCGAGCAGGUCGGCAAAGCGGAAGCGGAGCGGAUGCGCAUGAAGGCGAACGUGUACAAGAUGUACGGUGAUGCAGCCAUCAUGAAUAUCGUACUCGAAUCACUGCCUAAGAUUGCGGCGGAAGUUGCGGCUCCGUUGGCAAAGACCGAAGAGAUCGUACUGAUCGGUGGAAACGAUCAAACGACGGGCGAUGUGACGCGUCUCGUUGGACAGCUGCCUCCAGCCAUCAAUGCCCUAACCGGAGUCGAUCUAUCGAAGGUGCUGGGAAAGAUACCCGGCGCAAAAGCAUAAUCAGACAUCGGCGGUGCAUCUUCGUAACGUGUGAAACCGCAUAAUAACGUAACACACACGGAUCUAGACGACAAAAGUACACGAACCAGCGAACUUACACACACUAUUAGUCAUGCAGAGACAGGGCUUCUUCAGGCCACCGAAACAAACAGAUGGGAAGUGUGGAAGUAAAACGAACGAUUUAUUUUUUAUUUCGAUACCGUACACAAAAUCGACCCGUCAGCCUAACGUCACAAUCGAUGGAUAUUCCGAAUGAUAUUCUAAUUCAACAGGCAUUAUUUUGCUGCAUUAAUCACUGCAUAGUUUGUCUUUAUUAGUUUUUGCUUCAUGGUUAUGGGUUAUAAGUUUUUUCUUUGCGUUAAGUGUUAUUUAGCUCUAGUAUUGGGCGAGUUUCAUAGAACGCCCAAUGAUGCGUUCUUCAAUCUGAGCUUGUACGGGGAGUGUGAAGUAAUGUCAUUCUUGAUAAGUCAAUAUUUGAUUGACAUUUUGAGCAGUUUUUGCUUACAGGAUGUUCUAGUUUUCGAUUGAAAUUUUUUCCCACUGACAUUCCUGUCUUCCUGGACGAUAAUUACCAAUUUUCCUAAAUAGUGAGUCCUGUUUUAGCUGAAUACUUCCCCAAACACAUUAUAUUGUAAACUCUAUUUGAUUACAAUCAAUCUUGAGGGUGGGUAGUGCUUCAUCAACCUCUUCUCAAAUGCCAUCCUCAGAUUGCAUAUAGGUGUAUUCAAUUACUGUAGAAAAAAUGACAUUAUUUCCACAGUCCUCCCUAUGAUUAUUUCAUGUUCUUUCUGUAUUACAUGCUUUACACGCUGCCAGUUAUAUUUUGCAGUAAAAUCAUAUAUCAAACUACUGUUUAGUUUUUUUCGGAUGUGGGUUUUGAUUGUUUCUAUGUUAUAAAUCACAUUUAUUGGAUUAUACUACACUAACACGAAAGAUUUCACCAACAACAUCGAUUUCAUGAUCGCAUUAUGAUCGUUCCACGGGGCGGCGCAUGCCACGUUGAAGAAAUUGUUCAGCCGGAAACGUUGUUAACAACAAAAACGUAGCAUUUUCUUCGUUAACUGCUUAACCUAAUCUCACUUUUGGUGCUUUUUAUUGUUUUAAUGUUUGAUAACAAAAGAAAAAACCGAAAACACCAAAGCAAAGCAUUAUCUCUUUAUAACGAUCGAGGAACGAUUCAUAAACGCACGACAAAAGUGUCCCAAAAACAAAAGCACGAACAUCGCGAAGCAAAUGGUAAAUGCAUACGGUUCGAGUCAUACGCAAAUAAAACAAAGAUGGGUUUUAGAUCUAAUUCUGAUGGAAAGUCGGACGUGAGGCAAAUGGAAAGCAAAAACGUUUAGUACCAUUUAUAAAACACUUUCGAGUGACAUUUUUAGGCGAAUUCAUUAUCUGUUUUCUAGCUACAUUUUUAUAAAACGAUUUACGCGUAAAUUGAGUCAAAGAGCGAUGACGGCCGUUUAGAAAUGGUACACAAAUUCAAAUUGGAUUACAAAUUUAAACCGCUGUAGGAUGCUGCUUUUCUUUGCCUUUUCGGGUACAUAGUAAAGAAGAAUACUAUAGCGAACUUCUAGAUAAGAAUGCCGAGAGAACGCCGUGCAAAUCUUUCUUAAGAAACUAAAACCAUCUACACACGUCUUACAAUUGUCCAAAUUGCUGUAAAGUGUCCAAACGCAGGUUGCCUAUCAAUGUCUUGGUUGCUUUAAAUGGUACCGGUGUAACAAUGAAUAGAGAUAACAAACCAUAUUUACUAGCAAAUCCGGAGUGAACCGAUACUGUACUCCUUAAAAACAACCCUACGUUCGUCCCGUGGUGGUAAACAGGAACAAAAUACACACGAAACACUACUUACAUCUGUAUAAAUCCAUACUAUCGCGUGCAAGUAGCAAAACGAAACACACCACAAACAAAUACAAAGAAAAAUAACAAAACCUCGAUCUAGACAAUGUACCAUAUAUGAAGUGAAACAAAACAUUUUUCCUCUUCCACCAUUCGCACCUGAACAUCUAAAUGCGCUUCGUAAGAUUCCUAGCUCCUAAAAAUCAAAAUUAUAUAGCAUUUCGGUGAGGAGAUUAGAAAAUCACAAACUCAAAACGUACAUCCCUUCCUGCCUGGUUCCGCUUGUUUCACUUUCAUUCCUUCUAGGCGAAAAGAAAACGAUUAAGAACUAGUGGAACAAAUUCACGUAACAAAGCGAAUACAAAACAAGAAAAACAGUAGUAAACAUAGCGAAAGAAGAAAGAAGCGUAAAUAUAUUCUAUCGAAACAAAAAAAAGUGUUGUAAAAGAAAGCACUUGAAAACAUUAACAACAAAAGAACAAACUCACAGAGAAAAAAACGUGGGGGAAGUGUAUUGCAGAACAAGAAAACAAAAAAAUAGCAGCUAGCAGUAGAAGAAAAAACACACAAACAGAAGCAGAAGGAGAAGUAACAAAGAGAAAACAAAACUUACACAGAAAAAGAAAAUCAGAAAAGUGUAUAUUUUUUAUACUCCUUAUAUAAAGACGGUGUGUUUAUUGAGUGGAGAAGCCAAAAGAGGCGAACAAAACCGAGCAGGAAGGCCAACACAACAAACAAACAAACAAAGAAGUAAAUAGCAAAACAAAACAAUAUAACACAACAACAACAGGUCGGUGUAGCAAAACCAAAAUUACACAGAGUGUAGGCUGUUUUGAGAUAGAACAUGAUAGAAAUGAUUGAAGUACGAUGCCAUACAAACACACUCCAUUCAUUCAUGCAUUAUACAGUGCUUGAUAAAGUAAAGUAGCGUAUGAAAGUAGGAAAUCGAACAUUAAGAAAACGAUUCAGUGUGUCGCUAGUAGUGUUUGGGAAUACGAACGUCGCAUUCGUAUUAAAUGACGAAAUGACACACACUCACAACUACAACAUCGUGUUGGAAAUUUCUUGUUUUUUCAUAUGUUUUGUUUGAAUAGUUUUGCACUAAGGGCAGCUAGGGGGCCUCUGUGCCGAUUUGUUCUGUACAACCCCACACACAGCCGAGGAAAGUGUGUGUAUUCUUACGAUUGCAUUUAAUGAGCAAAUAGCCAAAAGCUCAAUAGGAUAUCUCAAUAGAUGACGGUGUACCCUCCAGAACACGCCCACGUUCAUUUCGUUGUCACACCUCGUUAGUCAGCCUUCGUUUUGCUAAGUAAUAAUGCGUAAAAUGAGAACAUGUAAAGUGCUUGUGUAAAGAGAAGAAAAAACUGCAGUAAAUCGAACAGUAAGCGACAAAGUAAAACCGAUAACUUUAAAAACAUGUUACCACGAAAGGAACGGAACAUCACGAAAAAAAAAACAAAGGAAAAAAGAAGUGAAAACAAGAAAAGAAAACAACAGAAAAGCGAUCGCUUAAAACCAAACAAACAAGCAAGCAACCUUCUGGUGGUUCGAAUAACAGAAAAGGCGGUAACAUCGUAACAAGAAAAAUAUAUAAAUAUAGCAACAAAAAGAAUAAGGGCGACAUUAUGAACCACGUUCAAGCGUUAGUAUAACGACAGGAAGCAGCAAAACAUGAAAAAAUUAAAAAAAAAACAACCACAUGCAUAAGCAACACAAUGUUCUAACACAAUUUAUAUAAUUUUUCACGUAAAAAGUAAUCGUAA